AGAUUAAAUGGGAUUUGUUUGACAGUUCGAAGUCUAGCAGCCGGACAGAUUCAUUACUUUAAGAGUUCCCCUUUUGACAAAAUUAAAAAAUGUCCUGGUUUCUAUUGUUUUUGUCGACGAUAGUUGUGGUUUGCAGGGCUAACAUUUGUCCGUGUGAGAGACCGGAGCACUGUCAGCAGAUCCGCGAGGAGAAAGACUUUGAGGUGUUUGUGUUUGAUGUGGGUGGAAAGACAUGGAAGUCUUACAACUGGAGCAUGGUGACAACGGUGGCAGUGUUUGGGAAAUAUGAUGCUGAACUCAUGUGUCAUGCUCACUCCAAUGGAGCACGCGUUGUACUCAAAGGUGACGUUCCUCUCUCCUACAUUGUGGACCAGGAAAACAGGACAGUGUGGAUAACAGAGAAGAUCAACCUGGCAAAGGUUCAGUUUAUGGAUGGGAUUAACAUUGACAUUGAACAAGCUGUGGAGGACGGCUCGCCAGAGUUCCAUGCUUUGACAGCCCUGGUCAAAGAGACUACUGAGACCUUCCACAGGGAGAUCCCAGGUUCCCAGGUCUCGUUUGAUGUUGCCUGGUCACCAAAAUGUAUCGACAAGCGCUGCUAUGAUUACAUCACCAUCGCUGACUCCUGUGACCUGCUCUUUGUCAUGUCUUAUGAUGAACAGAGCCAGAUCACAGGGGACUGUAUAGCAAUGGCAAACGCCCCACUCUCUCAAACACUGAAUGCCUAUGACCAAUAUUUGAGUAUGAACAUCGAUCCAAUGAAGCUUGUGAUGGGAGUGCCAUGGUACGGCUAUGACUACCCAUGCCUCAACCUUUCUGAGCAUGGAAUAUGUUCUAUAGCCAAAGUUCCUUUCCGUGGAGCCCCGUGCAGCGAUGCAGCUGGGAGACAGAAACCAUAUAAGUGGAUCAUGAAGCAGGUCAAUGUCUCAAUGUCCGGCCGGCUCUGGGACGAAAAGCAGGAGGCUCCUUACUUCAAUUACAAGGACCAGACGGGACAGAUUCAUCAGGUUUGGUAUGAUGAUCCACAGAGUAUUUGUCCCAAGGCAGACUCUGUGAAAUCUAAAGGUUUGAGGGGUAUUGGCAUGUGGAAUGGAAACAUUUUGGACUACAGCGAUGAGCCAGUCGCCAGGCAACAAACCGCAGGGAUGUGGAAUGCACUCUUAGGAUGCUAGCAGGAAUACAUGUAUCACAGCUGCAGACAUUUACAUCUCCCCUCCUAUUUGUUGCAAAGUCAAUCUAUCCCAUUGUAGCUGUAAUGGGCUGUGACUUCCCUCUGGGUAUAGAUGCAUACUUGCACUUCAGAGUUGAUUGUGGCUGUUAUUGCUCCUGUCUUCCAAUGUAACAUCUAAAACAUUUGUCUGUGCUAACUGAUUAACUGACUUUUUUUUAUUUCCAUCACUCCUUAAAUGUGAUGAAGACAAACAUUUUUGUUGAUUAAAAUGUACCCAACAUGCUUA